AUGCACUUGGCGUCCAGUCCCAGAAGCAGAACGAAGUACCCGUUCCACAGCACCUCGACCGAUGGUGGCAGUAGCGUCUUUGAUAGUAUCGAGGACGAAUGCGCACCGGCUGGCGUGAACUUUGAUCGUACCCUGCAGAUAUCAGCGUGGCAUGAGGCCCGCAAUGCACUGCAAAAAGCCGGUGAAGUGGAGUCCUUCCGGGUGGUACUUGCACAGAUCAUUUUCGCCCUGACACAACGGCCUGUGGAGGCAGACGGGGCUCAGGAUGAGCAGAACGCUCUUUCGAAGACCGAACUACUGGCGACCGACGCCUGCACGGAAGUCCCGAUGGAACAGACCCCUAUGCUUUCGACCGAUCAGGACGUCGAUGAGUGUGCAGAUCUGAUGUCGAAGUUGGAUCUCGCUAUUGAGUCCGACGGACCUCCUGUACAUCUUGAAUCAGGCCUUCGACUCAUUCACUCCUUGAGGUCGCGCAUGACCAUGUCGAGAGAAGCGCGAUACAGCAACCCCGGACCAGGGCGCUCUGCACGGCAACGACGCUCGCCCGUUGUGCGUCUUGAAGACGCCGAUCGUGCGACAGUGGACCUUCUGUUCUGGGUCGGUGUCAUGUUCGACACGCUAUCAGCAGCCAUGCACAAGCGACCACUGGUGGUAUCGGAUGAAGAUAGCGAUGUAGUCAUGAGCGAAAGCAUGCAGAUUGAGCACUCGGCCCAACAAGCGGCAACACCUUCCUCAACAGACGAUGGACUGUGGGACGACUACUUGUUCUCUCGGCAACAGCAGAAUCCAGAACAUGCGCCCACAAGAUGGCCAUGCUCAUUCGAUGAAGCCGCAGCUGCGUUGUGUGACGCAGCCCCGGUCAAGGUGUUGCUGUUCAGAAGAGUCUGUCGGAUCCAAACGCUUCUCACAAGAAAUGCACGAGGCGCGAAGGUCGAAGAGGCUGUCAGUGCCGCAAUGGACGUGUGUAACCACUGGGAUGCGCUGUAUGCGCCCUUCGUCCGAGACUGCAUACAGAACCACGACCGCCUUCCACCACGCGUCCAAUCAUGGUACGUAUGCGUCACCGGACACUGGCACCUUGCGACUCUCCUUCUUGCGGACUUGAUGGAAGUGGUAGACGAAUCAGAGCUUGGACUUGAGGAAGCCACACAUCAACGGAAUAUUAGUGCCUUCAUCGCGAAAUUCCGCGAGAACCAAUGCCGGGUCCUAUCAGACCUAGCGAGCUGUGCAUGCCCGCGAGAAGACGCAUCAUUCGCACAGUCCGAGUUCCAUUUCGCAGUCAACGAAGGCGCACUGCUGACGGAGCCAUGGACUGUAGUGUUGAUUCGCGCGUUCGCCAAGGCAGGCGUACUGUUGCUUGAGUCAGAUACUCUGCUGCCGUCAGACCUGGAUCGAGAGGAUGCUUUUCAACGCGCGGAUGCUUGUAUUAAGGCGUUAUGGUUUUUGGGUAGAAAAUCGGAUAUGGCCCUCUCGGCGGCGAAUAUCUUGGGAGAGGCGUUGAAGCUGCGACGCAAAAGUGCGCAAGAUCGGGUUAGCGACAUGAGCGUCUUUUUGGAGAGUGAGCUGUGGCAUGAUUUGGAAGGGGCGUUCGAGGUGGACUGUGAACUAUAA